GUUUUUUAUUGUAAGCUACAAGAAACAAACAAGCUAUUGAGCCAGUUGAUAUGCGAUUCUUUUUAUUUCAUGUUUUUUGUAAUAUUUUCGUUUGUACCUUUCAGGUAUUUCUGGGGUUUCUAUGCCUCUCUGUUGUAUUAAGUAAAUCUGUAGCCCAAGAGGCUAGACCUGAAACUAAUACAUCGUUAGUAUGGAGUCCAGUUUUCAACGAAGGGAGCGAAUUUCAUACACCAACCAAUAAACCGAGUGACCUUCCAACAAACGGACAUGAUGUUCUGCAAUUGGAUCCUGUCAUCGAACGUUCUUCACACGAUCAUCACCACGGGCACAUGGAUCCUACAUUUAAAGGUUUCUGGACCAAGAAGAUCGUAUGGAGGCCGCGCUGGGUAAAGACAUGGCAAGAGAAAAAAGUGUACAUAGCUGUAUGGAAGAGAAUGUGGGGACCCGUCGUAGUGAAAGAAUGGGUUCCUGUUCCGAAACCACCUCCAGGAUGGGUGAAACAUGACUCCCGCGCCCCUUCAUAUGUCGUUAAAAAAUUUCAUGGGAAAUAAGUUUACUCAUAGUGUUAGUAGGUACAGUUCUGAUAGUGUCUACUGAAGAUAUUUUAUUCAGUAGCACUUUAGUCCAUAUUUAAUAGGCUUAUUACCAAAUACCUCAAUAGGAUUUGUAUUCUUAGCGAUUAUUUAUUGUGCUUAGUCCUUAGUAACACAGGAAGUAUUAAUCUCCCUGGAUGCGAGCAUUACUAGGCCGGUCGUUGUGGCAAUUUUUGGGGGAGGCCUAUGUUAUUGCAUUUAUGACUUCUACAUUCACAUACAUACAGUGU